AUGUCAACUACAUCAGAUGAUUCCGCAGUUCUUCGUGAACAAGGAAAUCAAGCAUUUAAACAAGGACAGUUUCUAGAAGCAAUUGAUCGAUAUACUGAUGCAUUAAAUAUUCUUAAAGAUCUUCAACUAUCGGAAACAAAUAAAAAUGAUUUAACGAAAUGUUAUAGUAAUCGUUCGCAAUGUUAUAUUAAUUUAGGUCAAUAUGAGGAUGCUAUAGAAGAUUCAACAAGAGCACUUGAAUAUACACCUUCGGAUCAAAAAUCUUUAUAUCGUCGUGCAAAUGCUUUUGAACGUUCAGGAAAAUUAAAGGAAGCUAUAUCAGAUGCUCAAAGAUUAAUAUCUAUUUCAUCAAAAGCAGGAGGUACUGAUGAACAAACAUACAAUCUUUUAAAAAAAUUACGUGAAACUGCACAAAAUAAAGUUUCACAACAAACACAAUUAACUAAUCAAAUUAAACAAAUGUUUGAAACAAUUAUUUCGAAAUCAAAUCAGGAUGAAACCGCUUUAAAUAAUCUUCUCGUUGUAUCACGUGAUGAUGCAGGUGCUGAAGCAAUUCUUAGUUUCGAUCCGGAUUUACAACAUUUAACGGAAUUUAUACAACGAAAUGAACGAACGACCGUUCUUGGUGUUUUAAGAAUCUUAUCUGCUAUUGUUAAGAAUUCGUAUAGACGGGCUGAAAUAGUUUAUAAUAAACUUGGCUUGAAACCAAUUGCUCGUUGUUUUGCAAUGAAUGAUGCAGAAAUUCCAACAAAUGCAUCUAUAUUAAUUCAUAAUAUGUUAAUGUCAAUAUGUGAUCUUGAAAAUCGACGUAAAGUUCGUAAACCUAUGAAUGUAGCAUAUAAUUUUGAUAAACCUGUUAUUGAAUUUAUCAAUGAAACAUUCCGUAUGUUACUUGAUUUAAUUGAUGAUAAAUCAUGUUCAGGUAUUGGACGUGAUUGUUGUCUUGAUCUUAUUGUCAAGUUUGUUGAUCGUGCAAAUGGUUGUAAUUGGACAAAUAAAUUUAUCAUAUCAGGUCUUCCAAAAGUAUUACGAGUAGCAGCAACAGUACCGGAAUUACCUGAAAGUGAAAAAAAACAAUAUCCAUUAACAGAACAAACGAAAAUGCAUCUAUCAAUGGUAUUAAGUAUUAUUUAUCAUGAUUUAUGUUCGGAUAAAGAACGUGAAAGUUACAAUACUGAAUGUAUGGAAUUUGUAAAAGCAUUACGUGAAAGAGAUGAUGUUCAAUCACGUGUACGAACAAUCUCUGUUUUAUCUGUUUUAUUACAAGGACCAUUUGAUACGGGUAAUGCUAUCUUAGGUAGUCAAAAUUUAGUAGAUCUUAUGAUACAAAUGGCUGGCUCAAGUGAUGAAUUACAAGAACGUAUUGCAGUUGAAGCAAUCGUUUUAUCAGCAUCAAAAAAAGAUAAAGCAGCUGGAAUUUUAAAUUUAGGUGCAGAAAUUCUUAAAAAUCUUUAUCAAUCAGCUAAUGAACAAAUAAAAGUCAUUGCACUUGUGGGUUUAUCAAAAAUUGCAUCAAGUAAAGGUACAGAUUCAAGUGCAAAUCUUGUUACAGAAGGUUCAUGUCAAACACUUGCUCUAGCAUGUUGCAAAUUUUUAACAACAAGUCCAAGUUUUGAUAUUCGUCGUUGGUCAGCUGAUGGUCUUGCAUAUUUAACAUUGGAUGCUGAUGUUAAAGAAGAUCUUGUUAAUAAUCUUUCAGCAAUAAAAUCUCUUUUUAAUUUAUGUCAAUGUGAAGAUGCACAUGUUUUAUAUUCAAUAACAACAAUAUUUGUUAAUUUAACAAAUACAUAUGAUAUACGUAAACCAGAUAAAGAAAUGACAGAAUUAGCUAAUUAUGCUAAACAGCAUGUACCUAAAGAACAUCCAAAAGAUGAUACCGAAUUUUUUGAAGAACGUCGUCGAAAAUUAGUAGAUGCAGGAAUCAUACCUGUUCUAAUACAUUUAUGUAAACAUAAAAGUGCUAAUUGUCGCGAACAAGUAUCACGAAUUUUUCUUGGACUUUGUGAAAAUGAAAAAUAUCGUGGACCUAUUGUUGCUGCUGGAGGUGCAAAAUCUUUACUUCCACUUGCUUCGGAUGGUACACCUGUCGGUCAAACAAAAGCAGCUCAAGCAUUAGCUAAAAUUGCAAUUACAACAAAUCCAGAAAAUGCUUUUCCUGGUCAACGUAUGCUCGAAGUUGUUCGACCAAUUCUUAAACUUCUUAAAGUGGAAAAUACAGCAUUAGAAAAUUUCGAAGCAUUAAUGGCAUUAACUAAUUUAGCAGGUGUUGGUGAAAAUGUUCGAAAACGUAUUUUAAAAGAAGAUGGAUUUGUUAAUAUUGAACAUUAUAUGUAUGAUGAACAUAAAAUGCUUCGACGUGCAGCAACUGAAUGCAUGUGCAAUUUGGUUGUACAAGAAGAAGUUGUAAAAUAUUUUACUGGUGAAAAUGAUCGUAUAAAGUUAUUAGUUUUAUUAUGUGGUGAAGAAGAUGAUGAUUCGUUAAUUAAAGCAGCUCUAGGAACAAUAGCUGUUUUAUCAUCAUUACAAAUUGAUCUUGAUGAUUUUAAAGAUGUUGAGUUACAAGAAGAUGAUCGUAAAAAAUUAAAUGAAUAUGUUGAAGAAAAUCGAAUCAUAUGUCAAAAGAUACUUGAUGUUGCAUCGUUUGUAGAAAUUUUUAAACAAUUAUGUGCUUCAGAAGAUUUAGAAAUACAAUUUCGAGCUUUAUAUAUUAUACGUAAUAUAACUAAAGUAAAUAAGGAAUUGGCAACACGUAUUGUUGAAACAGAUUUAAUGGAUAUAUUAUUGGGUAUUAAGGAAAUGAAAGAUAAUCGAUUAGUAAAUGAAAAGAAUCGAAAAAUAAUUUCGGAUAUUAUUCAACUCUGUUUGAAAUAUGGACUUAUUCAACCAAAUAAAGAUCAUACAAUUAUUGAAGAAGAUGAGACUGCUGCAGAAUAG